GACACGCGACGGUUCGCGAGGGGAUCUUAACUAGUAGUCGUGGCACCGCGCCGCGAGCUGUCUGAAAAGAAGCCGGUGCGCGUGAAUUAGCGAUGCAUCCCGGAUAGAUUUAUCGCGACCAGAUUAAGAUUGACCCUAGGAGAGAGCGUCGAAACAAUCGAUUUUCCCUGCUUGCGCCCGCGCGGCCGUCGACUCGCGGCCAGCACCUCUAGUGGUAGUUAACAACACUACGUGAACUAUCUACGUGGACAAGGAAAAGUCGGUGGCGCGUGGGCGUGGUCGUGGUAGUGACGUGAAUAGUGCUCACGUGCGUGCGUGCGUGCGUGUAACGGCGUUUGUGCGCGCCUGAUGCUGAAUGCACGGGGCGCAAGGCCAACGACAGGGGUUGGCACGGACUGAUUUCGCCAUCAGACUGCCGCCAAGCGGGGAGGUCUGUCUCGCGUGCCAACACACAUCAAUGGUUCAGUUGGGAUGUCGACCAUGGAACCUCAGUCUGACCAGCGUGGUUGUCCUGGCUCUCUCAAAUAUGCUAUUGACUUUCCUGUUGCUGCAGUCGGAAACCUGCAUCCCGGACGAAGUACCCAGGGAUUUGGAAUCAAACGCUGUAAGCGAAUGGAACCUCGCUACCUUAAUCAAAGAGCAGCAGGAGCAACAGCAGUCGGACUGCGUUACACAAGAUUACCAACCGUUGCCAGCUGACGCGAAUGGUUUAAAAUUGAACAUAAAGCUCGGCAGAUGGGACGCUCGUAGAAUGUUUCGAACGUUCGACCACGUUCUCGUUGGAUCUAGUUUCGUCGAGUUAUCACAGGCGUAUCGUGUUUGCCUGGCCACACAGAGCUCGGUCGAGAAGCUGCAUUCGGUCGUUCAGGCGGCUCAUCAUUGGACGGGGCCGAUGUCGGUAGCUUUGUACGCAGCUGGUGACGAAGAGUUCGAGGUUCUUCAGAAGUACCUGAUUUACCUUAGGAAGUGUUACGAACCGAUACGGGAAAGAGUCGCUUUUUCCUUGGCUGUGCCAAGGGUUAGACCGCCGAAGAGGCAGCCGCGAGAAUUCGAGCUGCCAGAGGUGGUAGAUUGUGCCAAACCAGAGGGAACACUGAACGAGUUGAUGAACGGGAUUUCCAACGAGCAGACAAACUGGCGGAUACGAAACGUCUAUCCCCAGAACCACAUGAGGAACUUGGCGAGGAAAAAUUGCCAGUCAGAUUACGUGUUCUUGACGGACGUAGAUAUCGUGCCGAGCUUUAAUUUGACCGGCGCUCUGGACGAAUUUCUGAGGACUGAUACCUGUGAUAAGUGCGCCUACGUGAUACCAACGUACGAGCUGGACUCGCGCGUCAGAUUUCCACAAAACAAGACGGAAUUGGUUAGGCUAGCGAGAAAGGGACUGGCCAGGCCUUUUCAUCAGAAGGUCUUCAUCCACAAUCAGUUUGCCACCAAUUUUACCAGGUGGAUACUAGAUACAUCUGUGAAUCAUAAAAACUUCGGCAACGUAAAAACUGGCAAGGUGUACAUCAGUCACGAUGUGACGAACUUUGAAUUCCUUUACGAGCCAUUUUACGUGGCAAAGGAUAUUGUCCCGGCUCAUGACGAGAGGUUUAUGGGUUAUGGAUAUACCAGAAACACUCAGGUAUACGAGAUGUACGUGGCCGGAUAUCAAUUCAAGGUUCUCUCUCCAGUAUUCACGGGUCACUGGGGUCUACAGACAAGAAAGACCAGACCAGCUUGGCGCGAACGACAGAACAGUGCCAACAGGAAGCACUUCGAGACGUUUAAGAAGGAAGUUUUCGCCCGUUACAUGCGCGAUCCUUUGAAGAUGAUGAAGAACCCUCACUGACGAAAAGUUCGUCGAAGGUUUCGCUAAUUUAUUAGCGAGAUCUUGAUCGCCGUCCUUUUUAUUCGUCGCGCGGGGCUCUCACUGAACCAAUCGGGACAACCUUCAGCGUCUUUGUCUCAAGGGCGAUGCUGGGCUCUAAUUGCUCUACCUGACACGGUGCCAUAAGGUUUAAGUUUUUAAACGGACGAACAAUUUCAUCGACCGUGUCAACGAUUCGAUUAGGAACGUAUCGAUCGAUUGCUCUAUUUUUCACUGUAACCGAGACCAGAUCGUUUUCUAUAUAUUUUGUAUCGUAUCAUGAACUUCGAACAAUCAGUGAACUUGUAUAUCGUGAUUUUAGUAUUAAAUACUGGAAGACGAAUAGUUUGAAAAACGUCUGUCCGCGUUGCUGCGCGCAAACAUCCGGUGGUGUACGUUUAAUUCGAGGUCCUCUGCAUAAUAGUUUACUGACUAAGAAUAUUAAUAAAUUGACAAGUCACAGGUAGUAGAUUAUAGACUUGUGUUUGACAACUUUGCAAUUUCGCAUCACGUAGAAUAAUCGUACGGCGUGUAGUUUCUUAAAUUUAUUUCUACAGUUGAAUUUCUUACAUUACGGAAAUUGUUACCGCUACGAGAGAGAGUUUAUUAGUUCUGGUAACUUGUGACUUGUAAAAUUUCACUAAUAACUAGUUCAAUCGUGCAAAGCGAGCCGAGAAAUUGAUCCAUCCAUUGUGUAGCGAGUUUUAUGGCCUUUUUAACCUUUCACGGGCCUUGAAAAAUGAAGAGAUUUGUCGUCUCGAACAUGAUGGUUUUACUUAAUGUGUCGUUAUUCGAUCGUUAUUCAAAGCGACCUUAUCAACUAUCUCGAACCUUCCUGCUAUCCCGGCGAAUUUCGCGUGUUCCUUGUACGUUAAAGGAUCGCUUUAAUAGCCCUUCAUAUUCCGUUGUCAUUAUCGACAAAAUAAUCAAUUACUGGGUGAUCACCCGUAUCCGACGUUUCCUGCUUGCAAAGAGUUUGAUGUUCGCGUAUGAUUCCAGUCCAUUAAACUUCGCGUUUGUGAAUUUUCAAGUUAUAUACCAGCCGUUGUAACGUCGAAAAUGGAAAGUGGUCUACCUUCGUCCGAAUCUAUUAAGAUACGUUUGACUUUUUCGUUUAAAUUGCACGUUAACGACUUUACUAAGCCGUAAAAAAUCUUCCUUUUCAGUUAAAACAACGGUUAACGAGGCAGGAUCAAUAUCGAUUUCAGUGUUCUUAAUACUUCUAUACAGAAAUAGGAGCUAACCCACGAACAGUUUUUGCCUCUGCAACGUUUCAAGCUAUCAAAGUUCGAUAUACGUGUCGUUCAUGUGCUAUUUCAUACGUUGGACAGAGAUUGCCGCUUUGUAUCAUGCGCAUAUGGAUGUUGAAAUCAUAGCCCGAAAGCUUUCGUUUUCGAAUAGUAUUUUCCUCGUUCCCGUUUGAUAUCUUCGCUGGUCAUUCCGGUAAUAUCCGUCCCGGUAAAUCGGUGACAUAUCACGUGUAUAUAGAUCGUCUCAAGCUGGAGAGAAAUUGAGACCCGUGCUGUCUUUCUGUCGGCUCGAAGGAGAAACAUUGGUACAGUCCGAUGUACAGGUCGUACGUCAAGAUUGUGUUUCGAUCGUGUCGACAACUUUUAAUCCUGCAUAUACAGCGGCUCGCGAAAGUAUUUGAAUACUUAUCAUAAAAAUUGCUAUAUAUAUAUAUAUAUUGUAUGUAUUAUACAAAAGAUUUUAUGAUUUAGUUAGAUCUCUAAUGAGAAUCUGAAAAUGUACAUGGAAAUUGCAAGAUAUUUGUUACAGUAACACAUAUUUAUAAUAAAAGAUGAGUAGUCACACCUUAAGUACUUAACGAGUGUUAAGUACGAUCCCAAUAAAUAUCGUGAUAUAUUGAUAUAGUAGAUAAUUGAUAGUUUUCGAUACCUUUGCGAUCUCUGUGAAAUAUAUAUUUGCGCGAAACAUCUUGCAGCUUCUAUGUAAAUUUUCAGAUUUCUUUCAAACUUUAUCGAUACGAUGGCUAUAGACGGGCUUAGUCACAGCGCUGACGAAAUUUCAAAAUAUUUCGUAUAACGCACGUAACAUAUUGACAAGAUCUUUCUACGAAUACACUUUCCUGAGCCAUUGUACGUCGCACCGUAUAAACGUCGUAGGUAAUGAUAACAAUGAAAUGGUUUUAGCCCAUGAUCGAUCGAUUUCGCAACAUACAACAGACCAGACUAAGACAAUUGACACGAUCGAUGCUAUUCCAGGGCCUAAGGUGUUUGUCAUAGAUAUACAUCAGUGGGUUCCACGUAAACGAGCAUCUGUUUGGGAACUUGUCGCGAAGAAGAAUGCUAUUUAUUAUUAAGAUCAAAGUAUUUUCACUUUAUUCAAGACGCGUAUUAUGAUUGAUAUUGAUUAUGUUACUUAAUGUUACAUAUCGAUACGACAAUGUCCAUUUUCUAUUCACGGAAUCACUUUAGUAGCGAAAGCACUUAGCAAACCUUACCAAUGGAACCAAACCCACUACCCCGUGAUCGGAAAAAUGCGAGGGAAUGCCAGUUAAGGAACAAAGCAUUUGGACGAAAGUAGGUUCGAAUUGUUCGAACACAACAUCGAAUUACGAUUUAAAUCAAAAGAAAAUAAGGAUAAACGUAGCGUGUCUCAAUCGCUGGUGAAAGAUGCGAAUGACAAACAGCUUAAACGAGUCGGUGUAACGAUUGGAUCGUGUUAAUCGCGUUAUUGAAAAGUAUAAAGGAUCGAAAGAAGGUGAAAGGAAUGAAAGAGAAACGUAACGAACGAAAGGAACACGAAGGAUCGCUUAGGCGUUGCGAAUCGUUGCGAAUAUUUCGUAUUUGUUUGUGUCGAAGAGAAGAAUCCUUAAAGGGAGGAGAAUGAGAACUUGGACGAAGGCAAAAGAAGAAGAAAGGAGUUCGCGUGUGGAGAUGCAGGGUAGAGCAAUCAAGUAGCCGUGAUCAGCGUCGAGGGGAUGGUGGCGUACUUAUGGGUGCUUCUGGUUCAUCGGUUCGUCCUAAACGAAACUAAGCUCGCUUGCUGCUUCCACUCACGGAUUCCCAGAGUCAUCAGAGACUGCCAUGCGGGAUCGCGGAAUAAAUAUCUGCCGGUGAGUUUCGCGGCACGUACACGGUGCACGAACGGGGAAACGAGGUCGUAGAACUUAAGCGAACGUACCUCGUUAGCUAUCUGUGAUUUAAGAGUUUUAAGUUCGACGGAUCGAUCUCGGCUGAAAAGAAGGAGCCGCGAAAGCUUUUCAAGCGCGCAUUCGAAAAGUCACGGAGAACGAUGUGUCGUUAUAUUCGACGCACGAUAUUGUCAGAGAAAGAAACGGAAUUGUAUAAUUGUCAUGUAUAUAUAUUGACAUGUAUAUUAACAAAAUUACGAAAAGAUCGCUGUCAACGAAUUUCUUAAUCGAUCAACCAUUUGAUAGUGUAAUAAAAUAGGAAAGAAUUCGAAAUGAAUGUUAGAAAAUAACGAUCUGUUUAUUCUCAAGGUUUCCUGCAUUUUUGGUAUCAGAUACGAACAUACGUACAUAUUGAAUUUCUUGUAGAAAAUAAAUAUUAUUCGUAAUCGACAGAGUUGUUGAUAAUAGGAAGACAGCUCCACUUUACAGUAAUUCGAGUAAACCAACAAAAGUCAAUUCAGAAGCAAUGAAAAUCAAAUCAUUCUUCGGAAUGUGUUAUAAAUUGUUGCGCUUUGGAAUACGAGACUUACACUUCCCUUUUUCUUACGAUAAAUUCGCUUUAAAAAUGAAAUGUUGGAACUGCCUCCUUAUUGCCGCAAAUCCCUCGAUUAUAGUUACUAUAUUUCGCAAGUUUUUCGAAUCUUCCUCAGAAUACGCUGUUAAAAGGUUAGAAGUUCGUGAAACAAAUCUUCGUGUUUCGGUUCUUGCGAUCCUCGCUGACGAUUCGAAAAUGAAAUUACGCGGUACUCGUAAGGCAGUGACGCUAAUGGAAGUCUCAAAUUCCGAUUUCAUUUUUGAAUUAUCUAUACAGCCGCGGCUGUUACCGUUCCAAUAUCAUCGUACGCGCAUCCUCGAUCAAAAAGCAUACACGCAAGUGAAAUACAAACGAGAUCGACGCGUGAUGUAUUCGAAAGGCCGCGAUAUCGCGGCGAACGAGAAAGUGCAGCGAACGAUCUUUUUAUCCGGUUCUUCGGUGAUGCUAUUGCCACUUAUCACGCGACAUUCCAAUGUUAUCGAAUUAUCCCAAGUUUCCCGAAACGAGAAUACGGAGAAAAAUGAGACAAAGUGAGAUUUUGAUAGAGCUAUUCGCAUUCGCGUCUUUUCGAAUCCUAUUCAGCUCCCUUCCCUUCCCGUUGUCUCGUCUCAACAGCAAGAACAUUGCUCAACGAUUCGUCACUAGUAAACCGAUUUGUGUAAUUUAUGGAACAUUUUAUGACACAGAGUUAUUGUAUAUUAUAAUGUUUUUACGAAUACGUGUAAACCGCCAAAAUGAUUGUAACACGAGAUGAUUACUGUUAAAAGGUGAGGCACAAUAAAUCAGUACGAAGCAUGGA